GCUGGAGCUAUACUGGAUUAGGGUUUGCGGAGCGCGGAGCUCCGACGCGGCGAGGGGGAUUCCAAUGCGGAAUUUGAUCUGAAAUUCGAGCUGAGGGAGUAGGUUUCUAGAUUUAGAUCGAGGAUUUCGGUGUCGCGGCGGGCAGCCAUGGGCCUGGACAUGCCGAAGAUGCAUCUGUUUCGGUCCGAGGAUAUGACGCUUGUGCAGCUCAUCAUCCCGGUGGAAUCGGCCCACGGCACGCUCACGCAUUUGGCGGAAUUGGGAGCCCUCCAAUUCAAAGAUCUUAACCCGGAAAAAAGCCCCUUUCAGAGAACUUACGCUAACCAGGUGAAACGCUGCGAUGAGAUGCUUCGCAAACUCCAGUACUUCUCGGACCAGCUCCAAAAAUCAGGACUCGCACCGACGCCGUCGGCUGUAGAGAGCGAUCUCAACUUCGAUGAGUUGGAGGUGAAAAUCAAUGAACUGGAGCCAGAAUUCAGGGAAGUGAACUCCAACCUCGAGAAGUUGAAGCGCACCCGCAAUGAACUUACGGAGUUCCUUCUCGUGCUGGACAAGGCCGGUGCAUUUUUUGAGAGUGCGCGUCAAAAUGCAAAUUCGCAACAGAGGGAGGACGAGUCGAUCAGUGGUGGCGAGUCUAUUGAGAGUCCGCUGCUAGAACGGGUAAUUUUUGUGUUUCAGUGUUGUGAUUAUCUUAUCGACUUACUGCAGGAAAUGCAAGUCGAGCCCAGCAAAAAACUAAAAGUCGGGUUUAUCGCUGGCGUUAUUCCAAAACAUAAAGCCAACCAAUUCGAGCGUAUCAUCUUCAGAGCCACUCGUGGCAAUAUGUUUUACAAAUGCGUACCACUUGACGAGCGAGUUAGUGAUCCUGCCACCGGCGACCAGGUGGAAAAAGUCGUGUUUUUGGUCUUCUUUUCCGGUGAAAGAUCACGUACCAAAAUUUUGAAGAUUUGCGAUGCUUUUGGAGCCAACCGGUACCCUUUCCCAGAAGAAACUCUUAAAAGACGUCAAAUGAGAAUAGAGGUUUCAGCCAGACUGUCUGAGAUGCAAACAACUCUCGAUGUUAGUAGUGACCAUCGGGAAACCGUGCUGAAAACAAUAGGCUAUCAGCUGGAACUCUGGCUCGAAAUGGUUCUGAAAGAUAAAUACGUUUAUAAUGCGCUAAACAUGCUGAGUAUGGACGUGACGAGCAAGUGCCUUGUUGGUGAGGCUUGGUCUCCGUUGGGGGCUUUACCACGCAUCCAAGACACAUUGCGAUAUGCAACAGUUGAAACGAACUCGCAAGUCACAACCAUUUUCCAAGUUCUUCACACAAAGGAGGCUCCACCAACGUAUUUCCAAGUUAAUAAAUUCACGUCAGCCUUCCAGGAAAUCGUGGAUGCAUAUGGUGUUGGAAGAUAUCAAGAAGCAAACCCGGGAGUUUUCACCAUCGUGACAUUUCCAUUUCUAUUCGCGGUCAUGUUUGGGGACUGGGGUCACGGAAUUGUCUUGCUCCUGGCAACUCUCUGGCUGCUUGUAAACGAGAGGAGACUUGGAAGUCAGAAACUGGGAGACAUCAUGGAAAUGGCAUUUGCCGGUAGAUACGUGCUGCUUCUCAUGUCUCUUUUCUCAAUCUAUACGGGCUUCAUCUACAACGAAUUUUUCUCUGUACCUUUCGAAAUAUUUGGACGCUCUGCAUACAAGUGUGAAACUCCGUCUUGCAGUGAAUCUACCACAGUAGGCUUGGUAAAAUACCGUGAUAGGCCUUAUGCGUUCGGCGUGGAUCCUGUUUGGCAUGGCAGUCGCAGCGAGUUACCUUUUUUGAAUUCUUUGAAGAUGAAGAUGUCCAUUAUUCUUGGAGUCGCUCAGAUGUUGCUGGGUAUCGUUCUCAGUUUGUUCAACGCUGUAUACUUCGCUCAGCCGCUCGAUAUCUGGUUUCAGUUUAUACCGCAGAUACUUUUCCUCAGCUCGCUCUUCGGCUACCUAUCCUUUCUAAUAAUUCUAAAGUGGAUCACCGGAUCGCAGGCCGACUUAUACCAUGUCAUGAUUUAUAUGUUUCUAGGCCCGACAGAUGACCUGGACGGGAAUCAGCUGUUUGCGGGCCAGAAGUACUUCCAGCUGGCGCUGCUGUUUAUUGCGCUGAUAUCAGUUCCUUGGAUGCUUCUUCCAAAACCAUUGAUUCUCCGAAAGCAACACCUCGAGAAGACGCAAGGAGAAGGCUACGCCGGCCUUGAAGAGCAUCCGGACGAAGAGCAUGAAGAGUUUGAGUUCAGCGAGAUUUUCGUACAUCAGUUGAUACACACGAUCGAGUUUGUGUUGGGGGCUGUCUCAAACACCGCAUCGUAUCUUCGUCUGUGGGCAUUGAGUUUGGCCCAUGCAGAACUUUCGGCCGUGUUUUACGAGAAAGUGUUGCUGCUCGCCUGGGGGUAUCAAAACAUCUUCAUCAUAUUGAUUGGCUUCAUCGUGUUCGUGUGCGCCACGGUUGGCGUUCUGCUGGUAAUGGAAACAUUGAGCGCAUUCCUCCACGCGCUUCGUCUCCACUGGGUGGAAUUUAUGAACAAGUUUUACGUUGGCGACGGCUACAAAUUCCAACCUCUAUCGUUUGUGAAUCUGGGCAAGGAGGACGAGUCAUGACAGCACUGUGUUUUGUCAAUAACCACAUUGGUUGGACAAUAAAGCGUGUAUAGUAUCAUUUGCCAUGUAAGGUCCGUUAAAUCAUAAACUAAAAGAUAUUUCUUAUGCA